CGCAUCUCCGCACACGCGCAAUUCUGCGCUCGCAGUCCUUUCUCGGCCGACAAAACAAAACGAGACGUUGAGACGCCUCACGCACAACACCAAGGAACGACUUUAGAGUAACAUACACGAAGUUUUCACCGUUAUUUGAUCACUUUUUGGCUUGCGCGGGGCAGCAAUGAACUCGUCGGGCAUUCGACCCUCCAAGUGGUGCAGGAACCCUUUCGUUCAUAGAUUAAAAUUCAGCAUGGCAGACAAAAUAAAGAUUGGAUUUAUGUCUGUGACGGUGUUUCCAGUUCGACUACUUGCCGUGUCCUUCCUCAUGCUGCUGGCCUGGCCCUUCGCCUUCGCAGCCUCGCUGGGACGCUCGGAAUACGUUGUGGAGCCACAGUCAUGGUGGAGAAGUUUCAUCGACCUCUCCCUGCGCGUCAUCAUGCGGGCCAUGUGGUUUUGUGGAGGCUUCCACUGGAUUAAGGUGAAAGGCGAACAGGCGGCGCCCUCCGAGGCCCCCAUCAUCACCGUGGCACCGCACUCCUCCUACUUUGACGCCAUCCCAGUCACCCGCACCAUGUGCUCCAUCGUCACCAAACUGGAGAGUGGCAGUAUUCCCGUCUGGGGCACCUUGAUCAAGUACAUCAGACCGGUCUUUGUAUUCCGCUCGGACCAGGACUCCAGGAAGCGAACUGUUGAGGAGAUCAAGAGGAGAGCGCGCUCUGGAGGGGAGUGGCCUCAGAUGAUGAUAUUUCCAGAGGGGACGUGCACCAACAGGUCAAGCCUCAUCUUGUUCAAGGCGGGGGCCUUCAUCCCAGGACUCCCAGUGCAACCGGUGGUCUUGCGAUACCAAAACAAACUGGAUACAAUCUCAUGGACGUGGCAAGGGCCCGGAGCGUUCAAGAUCCUGUGGCUCACUCUGUGUCAGCCUCACAAUGCCAUGGAGAUCGAGUACUUGCCAGUUUAUACUCCAUGCGACGAGGAGAAAGAAAACCCAACUCUGUUCGCCGGCAAUGUUCGGAAACUCAUGGCCAAAGCACUGGGGGUGCCGCUCGCCGAUCUUUCCUUUGAGGACCGAGACAUCACGUUUUCCGAGGGGCCCCUGCGCAUCCACGACCCCAGCAGCCUGCUCGAGUUCAAUCUGCUGGUGCGCCGCUUGGGGCUAAAGAUCACAAACGGCCUGCUGAAGGAGCAGGCCAGCAGAGCCAGGAAGCUGCUAAGACAUCAGUUGAAUUUAGAAGACCUGGCAUGCUUCCUCCACCUGCCUGUUACAAAUACACUCCGAGAAGUUCUCAGCCUCUUUAUCCAGGAUGAAGAGGGACACAUAGACAUCAGACACUUUGUUAUUGCCAUGUCCACUAUUUACCGACCAUCCAGGUCAAUGGAGACCCUCAAACUGGCCUUCGAGAUGUACGAGAACGAGGACAGCGGCGAGGUCCAUGAAGACGAGCUGGCCUCCGCUCUGGAAAUCAUGUUAGGAGUGAAAGAAGUUGAAUUAUCCAUGUUUUUUAUGGAGCUCGACGGACCAGACAGUGGGAAAAUCACCUAUGACAAACUUCGUCGUUUCAUCGAGCAGCAUCCGCGCUUUGUCCACGACUACCUCGACUUCAAAGACCACCCACGCAGAUCCUGCGUCCGCCGAUCCGACGCUUGCAAUGGUCAGAGCCACGACAAAGAUAACUGAAAACAACAAUUCAAGACACAUAUUUCUCUUUUCUUCCUUGCUCUGGGAUGCAGCACCUCUGCCACAUUAAGUACCCUCGCAGCAAGCGAGGGUGGGAUGAAUAAACACUGAGCGGGAUUACAAACAAGUGGCCCGGAAGGCUUUGCGGAAGUAUCGGAAGCACCUUGCGUCAUUUUCUCUCUCGCUCGAUGAGAUUUCUUUGACAAGUCGACAAACGGUUGUUUUUAGAUACAAGUGUUUGAUGUACUGUUCUUUGCUAGUUCUUAAAAGUGGAUACAAAUCGGAUUGAUAUUUCUAGGGGAAACGUAAAAGAGGGCCCAGUCGCUACCUUGUAAAAGAAGUUUUUAAAAUGU